AUGGGCGUGGCCUCAAUUCUCAAAUCCUAUUGGUCUACGGAGAAAGAUAAAAGGCAAGAGGUUUGUCGGAGGGAGGGGGUGGCGAGCGAGAAGAAUCCGCUGCAGCCGGUCCUCGGCGACUCUCCCGCUGACCUCCGCGCGACGGACCCCGUUCAUGGUGGAGUAGAUGCUAGUGGAAAGCCCCAGGAAGCUGUCUAUGGCCAAAAUGAUAUACACCACAAAGUAUUAUCUCUGAACUUCAGUGAAUGUCAUACUAAAAUUCGCCAUGUGGAUGCUCACGCAACAUUGAGUGAUGGAGUGGUUGUCCAGGUCAUGGGCUUGCUGUCUAACAGUGGACAGCCAGAGAGGAAGUUCAUGCAAACAUUUGUUCUGGCCCCCGAAGGAUCUUUUCCAAAUAAGUUUUAUGUUCACAAUGAUAUGUUUCAUUAUGAAGAUGAAGUGUUUGGUGAUUCUGAACCAGAACUUGAUGAAGAAUCUGAAGAUGAAGUAGAAGAGGAACCAGAAGAAAGGCAACCAUCUCCUGAACCCGUGCAAGAAAAUGCUAACAGUGGUUACUAUGAAGCUCACCCUGUGACAAAUGGCACAGAGGAGCCCUUAGAAGAGUCCUCUCAUGAGCCUGAACCUGAGCCAGAAUCUGAAACAAAGACGGAAGAAUUGAAACCACAAGUGGAGGAGAAGAACUUAGAAGAGUUAGAGGAGAAGUCCACUACUCCUCCUCCUGCGGAACCUGUUUCUCUGCCACAAGAACCACCAAAGCCAAGAGUUGAAUCUAAACCAGAAGUUCAGUCUCAGCCACCUCGUGUGCGUGAACAACAACCUAGAGGACGACCUGAUUUCCCUCCCAGAGGACCAAGACCAGGCAGAGGAGAUAUGGAACAGAAUGGUUCUGACAACCGUAGAAUAAUUCGCUAUCCAGACAGUCAUCAACUUUUUGUUGGUAACUUGCCACAUGAUAUUGAUGAAAAUGAACUGAAAGAAUUCUUCAUGAGUUUUGGAAACGUUGUGGAACUUCACAUCAACACCAAGGGUGUUGGGGGGAAACUUCCAAAUUUUGGUUUUGUGGUUUUUGAUGACUCUGAACCAGUUCAGAGAAUCUUAAUUGCAAAACCAAUUAUGUUCCGUGGGGAAGUACAUUUAAAUGUGGAAGAGAGAAAAACAAGAGCUGCAAGAGAGCGAGAAACCAGAGGUGGUGGUGAUGACCGCAGGGAUAUUAGGCGCAACGAUCGCGGUCCUGGUGGCCCACGGGGAAUAGUGGGUGGUGGAAUGAUGCGUGACCGGGAUGGAAGAGGAACCCCCCCAAGAGGUGGCAUGGCACAGAAACUUGGCUCUGGAAGAAGAACCAGGCAAAUGGAAGGCCGCUUCACAGGACAGCGUCGCUGAAGCCCCACUGUUGGCCAAGUCUUGGCAGUGGUACAUUAUUCAUCGUGUUUGCAUUCUUGUUAAUUUUUUUUGGCUUUGGAAUGUGACACAGCCUUUUUUGAUCAUUUCUUUGAUGUGAAAACAUCUUUUGGUUAUCAGUUAAAUGAGGUGGACAUUAUCUCCCCAAUUUUACAACAAGAUUCAUACUAUUCAUUUAUAUAUCUAGACUUGGAGAAUUAAGGACUGAGAAAUGACCAUAUCUUAAACUACAACAAAAUGAACUUUAAAGGACACGCCCACUGAAUUCAGGUCCUUUGAGUCAAAAAAAAUCCUCUGCUGCACAUUUUGUUUAAGUGUUACUGUUUCUGCCUAUUAAUGUUGGAAACACAAAUAGUGCAAUUUGUGCAAUUGGAGAAUCUUGCCUUUUUUUCUUGGCUCCCCCCAAAAUACAAACCAACAGAAACUUGUUAUGCACUCAUCAAAAUGCACUAAUGGGUACUCUUGAACUCAUUCACAUUGACACCUGCAACAGGAGGCAACAGGGAAAAAAAAUCUUUCAUCUUCUUUUCCAGUAGAGAAUAGUUUGUGAAAUGAUGAGGGCAUU